AUGUCCGACGCGGAGCACGCGCCUCAAUCGAUCUCAAACAAUGACGAACAGCAACAACAACAACAGCAGCAGCAGCAGGAGCAGCAGGAGCAGCAUCCCGCAGACGAAGAAGAAGCAACCGCCCCGAAGGAUAGUUCCGAAUCGGAUGAGAAAUUGAAGGCUGAUCGGCGUGCGACGCUCACAAACCCGGAGGCCUUGGAGGAUCCGGAUUACACGGAUGAGGAAGCGCCGCCGGUGGAGGAGAUUGAGGCCGAUGAAGAUCUUCUUGAUGGUGAAGAUGAGAAUGUCGAGAGAAUAUGUCUCCGCCAAAACCAAAUCACCCGCAUCGACUUCCCUCCGAACCUCGGCCCUACCCUCACCGAACUCGAUCUCUACGACAACCUCAUCUCGCACGUCAAGGGUCUCGACGACCUCACGAACCUGACCAGUCUCGACCUCAGCUUCAACAAGAUCAAGCACAUCAAGAACAUCUCGCACCUCAAGAAACUGCGGGACCUCUACUUCGUCCAGAACAAGAUCUCCCGGAUCGAAGGGCUGGACGGGUUGACGCAGUUGAGGAAUCUCGAGCUGGGCGCUAAUAGAAUUAGGGAAAUUGAGAACCUGGAUACUUUGACGGCUUUAGAGGAACUGUGGUUGGGGAAGAAUAAGAUUACGGAGUUGAAGAAUCUCGACGCUCUCACGAAUCUCAGGAUCCUUUCAAUCCAGUCAAAUCGUCUCACUAGCAUUAGCGGCCUAUCGUCUCUGAAAAACCUCGAAGAGCUAUAUGUAUCACAUAAUGCCAUCACAGAGCUAUCCGGACUUGAAAAUAACACCGCUCUUCGCGUCUUGGACUUCUCGAACAAUCGAGUGUCAAAGCUCGAGAAUAUCUCGCAUCUCAAAAACCUGGAAGAGUUGUGGGCGUCCAACAAUGAGCUGUCGAGCUUCGAAGAGGUAGAGCGCGAGCUCAGGGAUAAAGAGAACUUGCAGACGGUUUAUUUCGAGGGUAAUCCGUUGCAGACGAAAGGGCCGGCCGUCUAUCGAAAUAAGGUGCGGCUAGCCCUGCCGCAAGUGAAACAGAUAGACGCAAAGGGCAUCCCGUCUCGCACACCUCUCCAGAGACGACAUCAUCAGUUAUGUUCUUUCCACGGAGCGUCUCCCACCCCCAUAGCCAUCCUACCACAAGGACAUGAAAUAGAAAAGAUAUCGAGGCGUUAG